AUGACCGAUUCUAUGCCCAUCGGCGAUGAAAUAUGCAUCGUGAUCAGCGAUGAAGACUGCCAGUCAUCUUCAAAUAGGUCACUGGGAGUGUCUCCAUUGCUAGGCUCGCACAACUUGACCGAUUCAAGCAGCGCAGAAUUCAAAGCGAACGGAGGGAAGCGCCCGAACUACGCAGAUUCCGGCUUCUCGGAGAACGUCCCGGCCGAUAAUGAUCAAGACAGCCUAUCUUAUCAAUCGAACCCAACGAUAUUCAAUGCCGGAGAUAUCGCUGAUCGCAUGAGAGGAUCGUUUGAAACAUCAAAGUCGGACGACCAUGAGUUUCUGCCCUACGAUAUGCUAUGCGAGAUCAUCGAUUUGGAGGUGGUUACCGGUCUGUUUCGAGUCGCAUUCAAAAAGGCCGAUGAGUCAACAAUAGCCGAACUGACGACCAAGGUUUUGGGCCAAGACUCGAGGCGUAAGGUCUUUGCGAUCCUCGUUAUGAUGGAGAAGAUACCACUUAUAUACGACUUUAUACAUAACAACAUCUCGGACAAGGAUCUUCCCCUGAAGGUUAAGCGGGGAAGGUUACAGAACUCGAAGGUCAAUGUACAGCUUUGUCGCAACGACAAUAUGAUGCCUUUAAAGCUUUCGGAUUUUUGGUCCUAUAGAGAUAUGGAAGACUUUGAAUCAAGGCAAAGAACGAUGUGUAUCCCCUUAUUCGAACUGGCGCAUGAGAAAAUUCAUUUCCACAGCCUGAAAGAAAGACCUACACUUCCAUUCUUGGAGUACGAGUUACAACAGGUUGGAGGAUAUGGAAGCAUCAGGAAAGCAAAUAUUCAUCACGCUCAUUACACCAACGUCAAUGGUUUCAAGAACCGUACAAGGGAAAGUUUUGCGAUCAAGGAGCUUCACGGCGUGACAGAAAAGGCUUAUAAGCAAGAAAUACAGCUUUUCGAAAAUAUCGGCGCCCGAAGCCCAACCAAGGAACCGGAACAUCUGAUUCAGCUCCAAUUCAGUUAUCUUCAUGGGGAUCGCUACUUCCUUGUCUUUCCAUGGGCUGAUGGAAACCUCCGGCAAUUUUGGGAGAAACACGAACGCAAUCCAAAAAAUAAAAACGGUAUCAUGUGGCUAUUGCAUCAAUGCAAGAACCUUACGACAGGUUUACAUAAAGUUCACACACUGACCAGUCUCCACGAUCCGUCCAAGGCAGGACCCAAGUACACAUGGAGUGAGAUACAACAAGGAAAAUUCAAGAGAUGGGGGCGCCACGGCGAUAUCAAGCCUGAGAAUAUUCUCUGGUUCCAAGAGUACGAGACUUUUAAAGAUUUCUUAGUCAUCUCCGACUUUGGCCUCACGAGCUUCAACACGACAGAAUCGAGAUCAAAGGUACGCGCUGAGUCAAUUCUUGGCUGCUCUGGUACGUACAGACCUCCAGAGCUAGAUCUCGGGGAAGACAUAUCUCCAAAAUACGAUGUGUGGUCCCUUGGUUGCGUUUUCCUCGAAUUUGUUUCAUGGUUUCUCUUGGGAUUUUCCGCGACGCAAAAAGCCUUUACAGAUUCCCGCGUCAAUUGCGAGAAGGAGUUCAAACAAGUCAGUGAAGACAAGUUUUUCAUACUUGAAAGGUCAAUGGAAUCUCCUCAGACAUUCAAAGCGAAGGUAAAACCUUCAGUAACUACUUGGAUCACGAAGCUACGCGGACACGAGACUUGCACGGCACAGCUUAAAGAACUCCUGAAUUUCAUCGAAAGCCAAAUGCUUAUGCCUAUUUCGAAUAAUAGGCCGGAUUGUAAACAGAUCAUAGCCGAGAUCCAUAAGAUAUUGGAAACGUGUAUGGAGGACAAGGAUAGCGCACAGACUCCCAUGGUCUUGCGAGUGAAA